GCCUCCUAGGAGGGAAGGUGGAGCCGUGGAGGGGGCGGUGGCAGCUCUGCACCCCCCUGUGCCAGGCCACCCCCAGCCCGGGGCUCACUUGUUCUCCCGCAUCUCGUGCUGCCUCCGCUCCAUCAGGUUGGCCACGCUCUGGGGAGGGAACAGGGACACACAGGAUGGAGCUGCUGCCACCCCUGGGGCACCAGGAGGGAGGGGGCUGUGACACCUGGACCUCGGAGCAGGAAGGAGCCCCUUCCAGGUGAGCCCCCAGCCCAGGGGGCACCAAGGGACCUCCACCCCAAAAACCCAACAGGAAGGAGCUCUGGAGGGACAGGAACCAGGUGAGCCCCCAGCCCAGGUGUACUCCACCCCCAAAACCCACCAAUGACACAGAGGAUGGAGCUGCUGCCACCCCUGGGGCACCAGGAGGGAGGGGGCUGUGACACCUGGAGCAGGAAGGAGCUCUGGAGGGACAGGAACCAGGUGAGCCCCCAGCCCAGGUGUACUGGGGGGCACCAAAGGACCUCCACCCCCAAAACCCAUCACGGACACACAGGACAGUGCUGCUGCCACCCCUGGGGCACCAGGAGGGAGGGGGCUGUGACACCUGGACCUCAGAGCAGGAAGGAGCUCCAGAGGGACAAGAACCAGGUGAGCCCCCAGCCCAGGGGGCACCAAGGGACCUCCAACCCCAAAACCCAUCAGGGACACACAGGACAGUGCUGCUGCCACCCCUGGGGCACCACAAGGGAGGGGGCUGUGACACCUGGACCUCAGAGCAGGAAGGAGCCCCUUCCAGGUGAGCCCCCAGCCCAGGUGUACUCAGGGGCACCAAAGGACCUCCACCCCAAAAACCCACCAGGGACACACAGGACAGUGCUGCUGCCACCCCUGGGGCACCAGGAGGGAGGGGGCUGUGACACCUGGACCUCGGAGCAGGAAGGAGCUCCGGAGGGACAGGAACCAGGUGAGCCCCCAGCCCAGGGGGCACCAAGGGACCUCCACCCCCAAAACCCAUCAGGGACACACAGGCUGGAGCUGCUGCCACCCCUGGGGCACCAGGAGGGAGGGGGCUGUGACACCUGGAGCAGGAAGGAGCUCUGGAGGGACAGGAACCAGGUGAGCCCCCAGCCCAGGGGGCACCAAGGGACCUCCACCCCCAAAGCCCAACAGGAAGGAGCUCCAGAGGGACAAGAACCAGGUGAACCCCCAGCCCAGGUGUACUCAGGGGCACCAAGGGACCUCCACCCCCAAAACCCAUCAGGGACACAGAGAGGACAGUGCUGCUGCCACCCCUGGGGCACCGCGAGGGAGGGGGCUGUGACACCUGGACCUUGGAGCAGGAAGGAGCCCCUUCCAGGUGAGCCCCCAGCCCAGGGGGCACCAAGGGACCUCCACCCCAAAAACCCAUCAAGGACACACAGGAUGGAGCUGCUGCCACCCCUGGGGCACCAGGAGGGAGGGGGCUGUGACACCUGGAGCAGGAAGGAGCUCUGGAGGGACAAGAACCAGGUGAGCCCCCAGCCCAGGUGUUCAGGGGGGCUCCACCCCCAAAAGCCAACAGGAAGGAGCUCCAGAAAGACAACAACCAGGUGAGCCCCCAGCCCAGGUGUACUCCACCCCCAAAACCCAUCAGGGACACACAGGACAGAGCUGCUGCCACCCCUGGAGCACCACAAGGGAGGGGGCUGUGACACCUGGACC